AUGGUCCUCCAGAUGACAGUUCUGAGACGGGACUGCUCUCCUCACCCAGAGGAGAACCAACAGACUGGGGACCAUGGAAACAAAAACCUUGCACAAGAAGUUCUCGCUUAUGCAAACAACUUGAACAAGACACCCUCCAUGCAGUUUUCUUCUUUAGAUACAAUGAAGAUCUGUAAUCCCUACAAUGACAUAAUUGCACGUCGAACAGAACCUACCUACGCAUUGGCCUUGGGGGGAGCCAGCCAUAGCAAAGUCCACAAAAAGUUCCACCGAGAGGUGCUGAGCAAAGGCCGGAGCCCCAGAAGAAAAGAAGUGCAGGCUCAGAGCAAAGCUUCCGGGUCGGAGUGACUCCCACCGUCCAGGGCUAUGCAGUUGGCCAUGAGUUCUGUGCUGUCAGCUUUCCUGGGAGAGCUCCCCAGCUGGUUCCUUUUCUUUGGGGUCUUCCUGCCUGUGACCUUGCUGCUGCUCCUCCUCAUUGCCUACUUCAGGAUCAAAUUGAUUGAGGUUAAUGAAGAGCUGUCCCAGUCUUCUGAUCGACAACACAAUCACAAGGAUGGCUCUUCCCUGUCCCAGAGAAGGAAACGGUCGUGACUGGUGGGGACCUUCCAAUAGCUGAAGCACAAUGAAUUUAAUUUCUAUUGGUCAGAGAGCAAUGGUCCACAGUGCAGCUAAUUAAGUAGACUGACAAACUGGAACCACAGCAAAAAUAGAACACUAAGAUGCUUGUUCUGAACCAUAUUGAAAAGUGGCAGCUAUUGUCCAAGAGGACUUCUGUGAGAAUCAGCUGAAAUAGAGAAAGUAUCAAGAUUUUCUCAGGUUUGUCUAUGGACUGGACACAGAACUUUUUUACUUUUAUUGUGACCAUGUUCUGAAGGGUGUAUUUUUAAAAUAAAAUUCUUAAGUAUGUUAUUACAUAAUCCCAUAUGAUUCUGGUUUUAGAGAUGAAGAAACUCUGGUAGAGAUCAACUGAAUGGCAAAAGAUGAAUGCCUCAGAGCUCAGUAGAGUCCCUAUUUAGGAGUAUUUCCCUGUGUUCCUCUUGCAGUUCAGCAACUCUUAAAUGACACCACUCAGGUGUCAUUUUUGGACCUGAGUUUGUGUCUCUCCUUUUCCCAAGUGCUUUCACGAAUCAUUGUCACAAAUGACAUACAAAGCAAGUGGAGUCUCCCAGUAGUAGGUAUGGCUUACCCAUGAAUGUAGCUUUGCACAUGACAUGACUUGGAAACAGAGGAAAGGAAAGGAGAACAGAAUGUUCACAUAAUUCCUGAGGCGAAUAAGGCAAGAAGCCUGUAAAACCAAAAUACCAGGGAGCUAUAUCUAAAUAUGAAAAAAAGUCAACAUUUCACUAACAGAAUCCUUCUCUUUCAGUGGGAGCCCUAAAGGGCCACCAUAGAUAAUUGAAAAGAAACACUUAAAUCAAGGUGGUAGUUUAAAAAGAUUGUAGGCCAGGCGUGGUGGCUCACACCUGUAAUCCUAGCAAUCUGGGAGGAU